ACAACGGUGACUGCGAUCGAUUCAUUGGUUGCGCCUUGCCCAGAUGAGUGACGAAGCAAGCCCCUGGAGAGAUAUGUCAGAUUACGGCUGAGCGAUGUUCCGACAUUCGCCAUUGCGGUACUAGGAGUGAGAUUGGAGAGAUCAUAUGAAGCCUAUAAAGCCUAUCAGCACCGACUUCUACUUGCUUAACGCUUUUCAUAACCCACACCUCCAGAUCCUUCACAAAUGUCUUCUUCUGUUCCUGCCCAGCUCAUCUACUUCGUUCCGCCGCCUGAUGGCUCUGCUCCAUUCACCCGAAUUAAUGUCGACCCUUCUUCAGGACAGAGUCCCAGAAAUUGGGUUCCAGAAACACACACCGUAGAAAUCAACAAUAUCAGAGGAAAGGAGCACGAGUUCACACUUGAUAAGGCUGGCUAUCAGUAUUAUAAGAGGUUUGCAAAGCACCAAGCAUUUACGAAUGACGAGGAUAUUAAGAACGAAUAUUACCCGGAGAGCGCCGAACUCAUCAAAGAGCUCACUGGUGCGAGUAAAGUCGUCCUCUUUGACCACACUAUUCGGCGUCGCCGACCUGGACAGUCGAGCGAUGACGAAUCUAAACGUCAGCCUGUUUCUCAGGUCCACGUUGACCAGACGCCUGCAGCUGCCGUCAACCGUGUACAUCGUCACCUCCCUGCCGAAGAAGCGGAAGUGUACGUGAAGAAGCGUUUCCAGAUCAUUAAUCUCUGGCGUCCCAUCACACAUCCUGCCGUGGACUAUCCACUUGCACUAUGUGACUAUACAAGUGUCAACCAAGAGACUGACCUGGUUCCAGUCAAACUCAUCUUUCCUGACCGGGAAGGCGAAACGUUCGGUGUUAAAUUCAACCCGAACCACAAGUGGAAUUAUUUGAAGGAGAUGACACAGGACGAGUUGGUACUGAUUAAAUGCUACGAUUCUGCGAAGAUCAAGGAUCUAGCGGUCUUCACACCACAUACCGGCUUCUUGGACAAAAGUGCACCCAAAGACGCGCCUUUGCGAGAAUCUAUCGAGUUGAGGGCUCUCGUUUUCUACGAUUAGGCCAAAACCUGUAGUGAUAUAUAUGUCGCCUGGCUGCUUUCUCAAUUGUAGUGCUAGGUCCGCGUACCGAUAAUCAUGUAGACUACAGGAACGGUGAUCUUAUAUAGACCAUGGACAAGCAUAAGUUGUAUAA